UUGUCCUAAUUUCUCAAGUUACGCUCUGGAUAAUUCUUCGCAACAACUCUCGUCGAAGAGGUCCUGAAGACAAAGCUAUUUGGGCCACGCUGAAGGAAUGGCUGCUCCCGAAGUCAAGUACUCUACACCGGGGUCUCUCCCGGAAGACGGGCGGUUCCUGAGGUCAGGAGACCGCUGUAUGUUCUACCUGGGCCUCGCGGUGGUGGUUCUUGCCCUCGUGGUGGUCGCCAUAGUCGUGCCGCUGGCUCUGAGGCACAAACCGGACACCGAGACGGACCGAGUGCGCCGACUCAUGAAGGAAGUCCCGCUGGUCGAUGGGCAUAACGACUGGCCAUGGCAGCUCGCAAAGAACUUCGGGAACCGUCUGAGCCAGGUGAACCUGGGUAAUGACCUGCGCAGUGAGUACACCAACUCUCACACAGACAUCCCCCGGCUCAGGCAGGGCUUGGUGGGAGCACAGUUCUGGGCCGCCUACACUCCCUGUAACUCUCAGUAUCAGGACACCGUGACCUGGACACUCAGGCAGAUUGACGUCAUAGAGAGGUUCACCACUAAGUACCCGGAUACGUUCCAGUGGGUCACCACCGCGCAAGGUAUCCAGGACGCGUUUGACGCAGGUAAGAUCGGCUGUAUGGUGGGGGUGGAGGGAGGGCAUAGCAUCGACAGCAGCCUGGCCGCUCUGCGCAUGCUCUACAACCUCGGCACCCGCUACAUGACCAUCACACACAGCUGCAACACGCCAUGGGCGGACAACUGGCUGGAAACGUUAAAUCCCACCCCAGAACACAACGGACUGACGGACUUUGGGAAGCUUGUUAUCCAAGAGAUGAACCGACUGGGCAUGUUGGUGGACCUGUCUCACGUGUCGUUUAAGACGAUGCACGACGCGCUGGACGUGACGCAGGCUCCAGUCAUCUUCAGUCACUCCUCGGCGUACGCCAUCUGUAACCACACCAGGAACGUGCCGGACGACGUGCUCAGGAGACUGAGAGACACAGGGGGCGUUGUGAUGGUAAACUUCUACAAUGACUACAUCAACUGUGGACCCAACAAGACUGAAAACACCACCAUCGCACAAGUUGCAGACCACUGUGACUACAUCCGGGACGUUGCGGGGGAAGAUCACGUGGGUCUGGGGGCAGACUAUGACGGCGUGACGAGGGUUCCGCAGGGGCUAGAGGAUGUGUCCACCUACCCUGCCCUGAUAGAGGAGCUGUUAAACAGGGGAUGGACAGACGACCAGGUCAAGAAAUUCCUGGGUCUCAACCUCAUCAAUGUGUUUAAGAGGGCUGAAGAGAUGGCAGACGGCGGUAGUGAUAAAUCUGAUAAACCGAGACCGAUCUUACACUGUGGAAUAUGCCUGGAGCCGUUCAAAAACCCAAAGGCAUUGGCCUGUCUGCACACCUUCUGUCAGGACUGCCUUUUGAGCCUGGUCGGCAAGAGGUCGUACCUAACCUGCCCGACUUGCCGGACCUCGGUCAGCCUGCCCCCGAAGGGAGUUACAGGUCUCCCCGAUAACUUCUGGUUAUCGGAGUUGUCCACGUCCCCCACCAGACGGUCUAGCGCACUGUACCUGGCGUCGGCGUCAUCAAAGGGCACAGAGGGUCUGGAGAGGGACUCUGGUAUUUCAGAGUCUGACAGUCCGAAUGGAGCGUUGAUGGAGAGUGACCUUCAACCGGUAGGAACAAGGUCAAAGGCAAAGCAAAAAACGAGACCCAGUAUUUGCGGGAAAAACGUCCACAGCGACGAGGACGUCCGGUUCUUUUGCGAACAAUGCGAGGAAACGGUCUGCGAAGGUUGUUUGAAGAAGCACGCUGGUCAUUCCGUCUGCAACAUGGCGGAGGCUGAGGAGAUGAGGACUUGCGAGAUGCAGUCUCUCAUCGGCAUGCUGACGUCACAGGUCAAUGACCUGAACGCGGGGGCCAAGAGACUCCAGGACCAGCAGAAACAGCUUCAGCAGGAGAGAGGACGGGCGGAGAGUCAGAUCAGGCGCACCGCAGGGCAGUGGUGGGACGCGGUGAAGCUCUGCGAGGAGAAUCUGCUACAAGAGCUGGAGAAGGUGUACGAGAGGCUGAGAGGCCCCCUGGCGGAACGGCAUGAAAAAGCAGUGGCGCUCUCUACGGAGACAGCCACCGUCGUUAGCCAGUCUCGCGGAAAACUGAACAGAGCAGGGGUCAUAGAAAAGCUGACGACCGUCCGCAAGCUUGGCGAAGCUCACGACCGAGUAUUAGACUCAGUAAACGAAACGAACAGUUUUGCAGCACAGCGCAUUAAGUUCUCGCCGAGUAUGGUGCCAGGAGGUCUUGGGCAGAUCGUAGUAGAAAAUAAAGAUGUUCCCGAGGAUAAGGUAGAUAAAAACGUGACCAAAUCUGGCAAAAGAUCUAGAGUCGCGUCCGGUCCAAAAAUCGAACAAGAGUUACUGGCAACAUCACCCAAGAAUGUACCGUCACCAAUCACCACGUCGGAGGAGCCUAGCCUCGAAGAAAAAAUCCGCGUCCGCGCGAAGGUCACAACCGUCGGUGGGAACGAGUCCUCAGAAGGUCGUAUCGAUGAGCCAACCGGCGUGGCCGUUUCUGACGACGGACUGAUCUUCGUCUCUGAUUGGUCCAAACAGAGAGUACGGGUCUAUGACGAGGAAGGCAGGUUCCAGCGCAACAUUCUUGUAGUGGAGAAGAACAGUGUAGUCAGGCCAGGCAGGAUGGCUUUCGACUCCUCCAGAAGACAACUCUACGUCCAGUGUACGAGUUCCUCUGCGGCAGUCGGCGCCAAGAAAACUGUUAAGGCCUUCACAGAAAAAGGCGACCACCUGUUCGACAUCAGCUCUGGCCUGCACUGCCCGCACGACCUGGCCGUGUGUCCGAAGACCGGCCGCGUGGUCAUCCUGGACACCGAGCUGCGGGUCCUGCUGACCGUCAGCCCCAGCGGCAGGCGUGUCCGGUCCUUCAGCUGUUACCGCGACGUCACAGCCCCGCCCCCGGUCUGUAUGAACUCCGUCGCCGUGAACGGGAACGGGGACAUCGUCCUCGCCGACUGGUGGUACAACAAUGUCAAGAUCCUGAAGCCAUCGGGUGAAGUUCAGCUGACGUUCGGGACGCCCGGCUGGGAGGAGGGCCAGCUGAACCGGCCGGCGGGGGUCUGCGUGGAGCCGGCGGGAAACAUCGUGGUGGCGGACGGGAAGAACGGGCGGGUCCAGCGGUUCGACCCCGCGGGAGGGCACGGGGAGGUGCUGCUACACGGGCUGCAGGCGCCCAGCUGCGUGGCGAGCGCGCGGGACGGACGGGCCGUGGUGCUGGACGAGGGCAAGAAGGUCGUACUGCUGGUGGAGUAUCAUGAUAAGUAA